UGACCAGGUGUUGUGCACUUCAAACUUGUAAUAAAGUAAAGGGAAAAAUCGUCAGCAGAACAAACACAUUACUGUUUCUCCAAAACGUAAUUUGUGUUAUUGAACAUCAUAAUUAACGGUUCAUAUCCUUUUGAACACACAAGCAGCAUAAGCAGCCCCACCUAUCUCUUUUGGGGAAUUCCCUCAUAAACACAACAUGAGCUACGCCCCUCUUUGUUGAACAAGCCAAACAAGAUCUUGAACAUUACAAGCCACUCUGAGAUUUCUCUCUUGAAGUUAGUGAAAAAUAAAACCAAAAAUCUUUGCGGAAUUGUAAGGUCAAAAAAAAUAAAGAAUGGAUAAAUUCGUUGCUAGCAUUCGCCGUAAGUACAGAGAGAGAUCCUUAAAUCGUGAAGAGCAAUGGCCACCAGUUUCUGGAGAGAGGCUCAUCAACUUGCAGUUAGUGGAGGCUGAAAAGAAAGAAGGAUUUAGAGCCGGCUUGCCACAACAUGGUGCACUUGAUAAGGUCAUUGAAAAGCGUACUCCAAUUCUCCAUGGCAAUCUGUUCAAAGUCGAAGAAGGCAAGAAACCAGUCACGAAGCUCAUUGUUGAAGGCAAUGCUGGGAUUGGUAAAACCACACUGUGUACUAUGCUUGCUGAAGGGUGGGCAGAGGGCAAGAUCCUGACACAAUUCAACUGUGUUCUGCUGCUUCCACUAAGAGAACAUGAAGUAUCCUCUGCCACAAGUCUCGCUGAACUGUUCAAACUUCUCCACUCCAGUGAGAGGAUCCGCACAUCUGUUAUAGAAGAGUUGGAGGAUAGAGAGGGAGAAGGUGUCCUCAUCUUAGCUGAUGGCUGGGAUGAGCUUAGUGUAGAAAAUCGUUCCAAAGUGUCCUUUCUUUACAAACUUUUCUUUCAUGGUAUUCUUCCAUUUGCUUCUGUUCUCCUCACCUCACGACCUUCUGCUUCAGCUCCUCUUCACGAUCUUCCUUCUGUGGACCGUUUGGUUGAGGUUGUUGGCUUCAAUGAAGAGAAUAUCAAGCAGUACAUAGAAUCAGAGUUUGAGCAAUUCCCAGAGAAAGCUUCUUCUCUUAUCGAGCAGCUUGAGAACAACCCAGCCAUUCAGAGUGUGUGUUCUGUGCCCCUCAAUUGCGCCAUUGUUUGUAACUUGUGGCACACUUUAGACCAAGAGCUUCCUCGUACACUAACUGAGCUGUACACUCAUAUUGUGCUUAACACUAUCCUUCGUAAUGUCAAAAAGAAAUUCCCUGAUUGUCCAAUUAGCCUCAAUAGAUUUGAUGAGAUUCCGAAUGAUCUACAAGACACAUUUUGGUUGACAUGUGAGUUUGCCUACGAGUGCUUAUUAUUAGAUCAGCUGGUUUUCUCAGAAGCUGAAUUGUCCUCUCGCUUACCCGAAGUUGGUGACAAGUUGCAGUGCUUUGGUCUGUUGCAGUCUGCACGAUCGCUUCUACCUGUUGGUCAUGGCCUGUCUUUUCACUUUGCUCACCUGACCAUCCAGGAGUUCUUGGCUGCCCUCCAUCUUGCUACUCUACCCAAUGAGGAGAAACUGAAGGUUGUUGAGUCUCAUGCUAAAAGUGGCCGGUUUGACAUGGUGUGGAGGUUUAUGUUUGGUCUUGCUAGUAAACACAAUGGUAGUCGUAGUGUUAAGGUGAUCAGUUUGGAUGAUGGUUUCAUGGAUCAAUGUUUGAUGGCUAUACAGCUUAAAAAGUUAGCUUUAUGUCAUGCUGCUUUCGAAGCUUCAGACCCUAGAUUCUCAACAAAAAUUUGGAAAAUGUACGGAAAAAAUCUAUUAGACGGUAAUUUCAGCACUCCUUUUGACUGUGUAGCUUGUUUCUAUGUUCUUCGUCAUGCUGCAAAAUGUGAUGAUAUGGUUAUCAGAAUAUUUUAUUGUGCAUUCGAUGAUAAACUGUUGAAAGAACUAACUGACAUACUUUCCAGUGCGAAUGGUAAACUGCAAGUACAACGCUUAUCUCUUGUACAGACUAAGUUUAAGUUGUCUGACAAAGGUGUUGCUGAUCUAUUCAAGAGAGCCUCAGCUUCCUUUACAACCUUACAUGACCUCUCUUUAUGUAACAACAACUUCACUGACAUCAUGUCGUCAUUCAUGCACACAUCUUGUACCAGCCUCACAGGACUGGACUUAUCCGAAAAUCCUCUUGGAGUGUCUGGCAUACAGUCAUUAGAGACAGCUGUACAGUCUGGUGCUCUUAUCAAUCUGAGGAGACUGGGUCUAUAUAACACCUUAACUGACGAUGCUGAUGUCAAUGGAGCUCUACUGACCACCCUCUUACAGUCCAUUUCCCUCCACUGUGCUAGACUGGUUGACUUUUACCUCUCUGCUAAUAAUCUUGGUUUACCUGGAUUAGGUUCAGUUGUGGAAAACAUUCCAUUAGGAUUAAAUAUGAUAGAUUUAUCAACUAACCAUAUCACCACUUCAUUUCACUCGGAGUCUCAGUUCACAGUCAUCUGUGAGAUGUUGAUUGUCCAUCCAAAUACUUUAACAAGAAUAUACAUGAGGGGCUCCAAUCUCAGUGGAACUGCUGGAACUCUCUUACUGGCAAAAUUUCUUCAGGCGUUUAAAUCACUGGAAACACUUAACUGCUCUGACUGUUUUCUCACCUCUGCCGACAUCAUAAUGCUUAUCCACCAUCUCAAGUCCGCUAAUGUAAUAUGUAAGAAUUUAAAUACGUUGGUUCUCAGCAACAACUCCAUUGAUAAUGAGGGAGUGAUAGCUCUAACUGAGUGUCUAUUAGAGCUGUUCCCUAGUCUAGAGGACUUCUUUUUAAGUCCCAAAGUUGAUGGCGUUGUUCUCUGUGGCAAUCCUGUGAGUAAAGAGCUGAUACUCAUGUGCAACGAACACUUGAAGACCAUACGGGAAUCAAGGAAUUCUGCAAUGCUGAAUGAGUGGGAGAGAACAUGUUUACCUCCACAAAAUGAAGAGAUGAAUCAUACUUUCCUUUCUCUUUGGGAUACGCUACUGUCAGAGAUGGUUGACGAGGCUCAAGUAAUAUCUUCAGCUGUUUCCAACGGCAUCAUUUCAUGGUCAACUGCUAACAAACCAGCGGAAUACAACCAAAUAGUUUGUGAGGUUGUGCAUACAGUGGACACUCCUAGUGACAUCACUGAUCCAGACACUCUCAUCAAUGAACAGAACUUCUCUCCAGCAUCACCAGUAGAGCACCACCCCACAGCUAGUGACGAGGCUACUUGUACUACAGCUGUGCAGUCUAAACACAGAACAGACCGACAUACAACAGCCUCCACUGUACUGACUGAUGCCGUACCAUCUGAUGUCACUGAAGAAGGAGAUACCUCACAAAAUGUCCUCAUUUCAUAUCCACAUACCAUUCACUCAGGUGCUGGUGGACCGAGGACUGUGACCAUUGAGGAAUUGAAGGAGCGUACAAAAGUGACCGACUCUCAUCUUGACGCUGAAAUUGAAGACACUGACAUGAUCAUUCUGGCAGAUCACUUUGACAAUAUUGAAACAUAUUCCACUUUUUUUGAACUAACAGAUUCCAAAAAGCAAGAUGUUAUUGAUGAGAAGAUGAGGUACAACACCCAAGCAGCCAUGUCCCUGGCCAUGAAGCUGUGGAAGAGACGCAACCCUGCAGCUGCUACCUACAGAGCUCUGGUGGAGAUUGUGCUGAGUCUGAGAAAGGUCGAUGUGGCUACUAAAGUCUGUGAAUUCCUGGCUCGUAAAUUAAAUCACAUUCACUCUAACCACGUGCACAAGACGGAUAUGCAUGGCUGCAUGUAAUAAAGUGAACAUGAUAAAUAUAAUUAUAACACGGACACUGAGAAUAAUCAUGAAUUGUUUAUUAUCAGACUUGCACUAGCUAUGUAUAUAAUAG